AUGAAUUUUAUUGAUGAAGAAGACUAUGAUUAACCCUUAGAUUGUGAAGACAUUUUAUUUAAUACAAAUAUAUUUGAUAACCUUCCUACUCCAGAACAUAGCAAAUCUACAGAAGAUUUGGAAUAAAAAUUUAAGGAUGAAAGAAAGCAAAGGAUUCUAAAAAAGAGAAUUGAAAAAAAAUAAAAAGUUAAAACAGAAGUUGUUUAAACUAUGUCCAAAGAUGAAUUAAGGAAAUAAAGAAAUAGAAAUUCUGCUCAAUUAUCAAGAGAUAAGAAAAAAAUCAUAUAUGAUAAUCUAGUACAAGAUAAUAAGGAUUAUUAUAAUGUUUUAAAAAAGAAAGAUGAGUAAAUUUAAUUAUUAAAUGAAGAAAAUAAUCAUUUAAGAUUAAGAGUUCAAUAUUUAGAGGAAAUCAAGUAAAUUAUUAAAUAUAAUAUUAGUUAAUAAUAUAAAUGUAUACAUUGUGUAUAAGAUGAUGAAAUUUAAAUAUCUAGAAUAAAUGUAAUAACAAAAUCUAAAAUGAUGAAUUAUGGAUUACUUUCUCUUUUAACUAUAACAUGCAUUUUGUCAAUUAUCAAUAAUAAUUAAGAAUACAAUCCAAAACCAAUUGCUUUAUCAUAAUUAUCAAAUUAGAGAUAUGAUUUUUUGAGUCCAAAAUUAUCUUAGAGGAAUCAAACCUCUUUAUUUAGUUAAGAAUCUAAUUUUGCUAUUCCUGCUCAUACAUUUUAAAAUUAAACUUUAUUUUAUAAUUGUACAGGAAAAGAUAAGGAAUGUCAAAACUUUUUAAAUAUAGUCAAGGCAGAAAAUGCUGAUAAUAUUUAUUUUGUUAAUGAUGAUACCGAUCAUACACCAGCUAAUCGUGUACAUAAUUUUGAAAUGGGAGAAGAUGUUUAUCUAAUGAAAAUAAAAUAGGAUGAUGAAGAUAACUUUGUAAUUUUUAGAGCAAGAUGCCAAAUAAUAGAGAAUAACUCACUUGCUCUUGAGAGGAAUACUUAUGAAGAAUAUAAUAAUAGUUAACAGUAUUGA